ACUAUGGUUUUGCCUUUUUGCGACGGGCAAUUUUUAAAUGUCAAAACAACCGAAAGAAAUAAUUGGAAUUUAGGGCAAGAUAUUUACAUAUACCAACAACAUUUUGUCAGGGAACAGAUACAUGUAUAUUUACAAAAGUCAAUAAUAUAUAGAUAAGUGAAUUAAAACUAGUAAGAUAAAAAAAAAUCUUAAAUGAACCUCAUACCUAGGUUGCAUGGAUUGUGCCUCCGUUCAUUUUCUUGUAUAGUAACGUUGAUUUUGUCACUCAUUUCAUCAAAAUGCAUUUCGACGAGAUACUAGAAAAAAUAGGAGAAUUUGGAUUGUACCAAAAAUUUCUCUAUACUUUAUUAUGUAUUCCUGGAAUCAGUGCGGGUGUCUUUAUGGUGAUUUCUGUUUUUCUUCUUGGCAUUCCAGACCACAGGUGCGUGAUCCCUGGAUAUGAGAACGAUACCUACGCUAUACAGAAUGAUUUCCACCAGGUUCUAGUCAACCAUUAUAUACCAAAGCCAACAGAAGAAAAAAAGAAAUAUGACGAGUGUUCCUACUUAGCCUUUGACAGUAAAACAGUCUUAUUUGAUAAUGAAAGUCGUCCACUCAACUUCACCAAAGUCAAAUGUAACAAAUGGGUAUAUGAUGAUGCAAUUUUCGCGUCUACAUUUUCCUCAGAGAUGAACUUAGUUUGUGAUGACUUUCCUAAAACAACCCAAGCGAAAACUUUGUUUUUUGGUGGAGUUCUUGUGGGGGCAUUUAUUACAGGCAUGCUAUCCGACAAGAUUGGAAGAAAGAAGACAUUGUUUCUCUCAUUCUUCUUGGCUUUAGCAGCAACAGUUGGUUUGGCGUUCUCACCAUCAUAUCCAGUAUUCGUUACAUUACGUUUCUUUGUAGGAUUUUCUAUGGCUGGUAUUUUCAUGACAGCUUUUGUAAUUGGAUUGGAACUUGUUGGUCCUACUAAAAGAAAUUUGGCGGGAAUAGUUAUAGAAUAUUUCUUUGCACUAGGAUUAGUUCUUUUGGCAGGUGUGGCAUAUCUGUUGAGGGAUUGGUUUUAUAUAGAACUAGCAUUUGGUGCACCGAUGGUCCUGUUUUUGCUUAUGUGGUGGGUCAUACCAGAAUCACCGAGAUGGUUGAUCAAUCAAGGUCGAAAAGAGGAAGCAGAAGUUAUACUUCGAAAGGCAGCGAAGGUCAACAAAGUGACCUUACCUGAUAAACUGUUCAUGGAGGAAGACGAAGAAGAACCGCCGACUGGACACCUGCUGCAUUUGUUUACCAGUCGAGUACUUCUUGUUCGAACACUUGUUAUAUUCUUUAACUGGAUGGUUGUUAGUAUGACGUAUUACGGCUUGUCUCUUAACACGGGUAAUUUAGGAGGAGACUUCUAUAUGAAUUUCUUCAUAUCUGGUUUAGUGGAGUUUCCAGCAUACACAUUAUCAAUAUUAUUUCUAGACCGAAUAGGGCGAAAAAUUUGUCAUCUAUUAGCUAUGGUGAUUGGAGGUGGAUGCUGCUUAGCAACAAUUUUCACCAUUGUAUAUGGUGGAGAAGAGUUACAAUGGUUGACGACAACGUUGGCCAUGAUAGGAAAGCUUGGUUCUGCAGCAGCAUUUGCAAUAAUAUAUGUGUUCUCUGCGGAGCUGUAUCCAACAGUUGUACGCAAUACAGGGAUGGGUGCAAGCUCUUGUUGUGCACGUGUGGGUGGUAUGAUAGCACCAUACGUUGCAGACUCGGCAAAAAUUAUUGGUGGUGAUUUUGGCCAUGCUGUGCCACUAGCAGUAUUUGGUGCUGCCUCCGUGUUAGCUGGACUGUUAUCGCUGUUGCUACCAGAGACUCUUGGUGAACAUUUACCAGAGUCUAUAGAGGAUGGAGUAAUAUUUGGAACAGAUCAGUACCGAGAGAAGAAAGCCAGAAAAUAUAAACCCAGUUCUAAUGACCUUUUGAAAAUCGAAAUGACAAAGUUUUGAAAAAAGUCAAACUAAUAUAAGACGGAAUACAAUACUAGUACUUCCAACAAUCUUUAAAUGUGGUUUCGACAACUUUUAACAUAAUCGACAUGGAAUAUAAAUUUGAAGACUAUGUACAUGUAC